GUCGAAAGUUUUUUAGAAAGCAGAUAAGUGAAAGAAAAUAACUUCAAAUUAGUUAAAUUUCUUCAAUCUUUUAUGGCAGAGGAGAGAGGUAGCAUAGCCUUCUACUCACAACUCAGACCACCGGCGCUGGACAUAUUUACUUGUCCGGUUCUGGCAACAUCAAGCGGAGAUGAGCUUCCCAUGACUGACGGAGUCUCCUACAAUUACAACUGCCGAGCCAUUCCGACAGAAGCUCUCACGACACUUAUCAAGCAUCCCAAACUAAAAUCAGAAGCCAACGAGGAUGACGUUAGAACGGGCCGUCUCUCGGGGUUUGUUUUCGUGUCCGAACGAGACAACGGCCUCGAGACGCUUCAUAUCGGACUCCGCUUCGGUGACGGUGACGGAAUACCUAUAGUUAAGGUGUUCAGUUUGGCUGAUGUCUAUGGCACGUUCAAUGGCAUUCGCAUGGAAGACAGUGGCUGCAUUGCCGGUGGGCAUUCUCUCGUCUAUGUCAGUACCAUGGAACGUCCGGUAGAACGUCGGCAGCCUUGGACUGCCGUUUACAAAACCAAUCUCUUGACCGGAAUAACCGAACGCCUUACUCCAUCAGGAGUAAGUGAUCUGAGCCCUUCUGUGUCUCCAUCUGGAGAAAAGGUAGCAGUGGCUUCAUUUCAGGGAAAGGGUUGGACUGGUGAGAUUGAAGAUAUGAAGACUGAUAUUUAUGUGAUGAACAUAGAUCGGAAUCCAUUAGAUCGCAAGAGAGUGAUCCAAAAUGGCGGGUGGCCAACAUGGGGAAGUGACAAUGUCAUAUUUUUCCAUCGAUUUGUAGUAAAAGGUGGAGACGCGAAAAAUGAUUUUUGGGCUGUGUUCCGAGCCGAUAUUAGCACCGGUCGAAUCGAUCAAGUGACGCCGGAUGGAUUCGACGCGAUGACUCCCGCCGCCGUUGAUGCCACCAAAGUGGCUGUGGCAACUAAGCGCCAAGAAUCAAACUACAGUCGACAUAUUGAGAUUUUUGAUUCAAAUGUUCCAGACCAAUCUGUGAAAAUAACUCAGAUUAUCAGACCAGAAGCUGACCAUUUCAACCCCUUUGUCAUGGAUGGAGGAGACCGCAUUGGCUAUCAUCGUAGCAGAGUCGAACCUCUCCCGAGUGGAGAGCAAAGCAACAUAAAUCUCCAAAAGUUCAGCUCGCCACAUAAAGAUGUUGGACUAUUUAGGGUGCCUGGUAAUUUUCCCGCAUUUUCUAAAGACGGAUCCAAACUCGCAUUCGUUGACAGCGAGCUUAAAUCCGUCUGGGUAGCCGACAAUCAAGGCUUGCGCGUUGUCUACACGACAAAAACUUCAAACAUCUUCGCACCUGUUUGGAACUCAAAUCCUGACAAAGAUUUGCUGUAUAUUUUGAUGGGAGCUUCUAUUGUGGCCGAAGAAGUGCAAAUCUGUGCUAUCUCCGAAGUAUCCAAAGGUGUCGGACAGUUUCGACAACUCACAUUCGGCUCGUCAAAUAAUGCCCUCCCAUCCACCAAUGAAGCUGGGACGAAAUUAGUUUUCCGAUCAACAAGGGAUGGAGGAGACGAAAAACAUAAAAAUCUAUACAUAAUGGAUGCGGAAAAAGGAGAAAGCAGCGAGAUCACAAGGCUAACAAAUGGUGCCUGGACUGACACACAAUGCCAAUGGGCUCCGAAGGGAGAUUGGAUAGUGUUCUCAUCGACUCGUGAUAAACCUAGCCAGGCACCAGCGACUGACCAUGGUCUCGAUCCAGGGUAUUAUGCGGUGUACAUUGUGAACGCGGAAAAUUCAAAAGUGGUCAGAGUUGUAACAAGCAUGGAUGAUAUUGCGGGGCAUGUGAACCAUCCAUUUUUCAGUCCCGACAUGAAGAGCAUUGUUGUGUCUGCGGAUCUUGCUGCUAUGUCUGUUGAUCCAGUUUCCUUACCUAUGAUUAAUCACUCGGGGAGGCCUUUCGGAGAUAUCUUCACCGUUGAUAUUGACUCUGAUGAUCUGAAAAAGAACGAGGAUCUGAAAAAUUUUGUUCGCCUCACACAUAGUAGAUAUGAGAAUUCUAUUGCAACUUGGACCGGGUUUCCACUGGGGGAUCAAAUUGCAAAAUGGAACAUGCUUUCCAAUAAUUCUUACUCCCCAAAAUGCCCUUACUUGAAUUCUGAUGGAGGUAAAAAUUAGCUCAUGACGAGUCAUCUUUGUAUCCCUAAAAGGCGUUGUUGAUUGUUUUUUUUCUUUCGGUUUAAUGGCUUGGUUUUUCAUUCUGCUUGUUUAUGUUAAUUUUGUUUUCCAGUUAAUAAUGUAUUGAAAAACUUUAAAUAGUUUUUCAUUCCGCUUGAUUUA